AUGACUCCCGCAUUCCUGGAACGAUUUAUAUUGGAAACUCUCGGUCUCACGAAGCUCCCACAAUACCUCCCCGUGUUCUAUCUCAGUCUCUUUGGCUUCACCCUGGUUCAUCUCGUGCUAGCACCGUACUUCAGUGCCCGGAUCGCCCCUCAGUCAUGGGGCGCUCUGAAGACAAGGAAAGCUAGGAAUAACUGGUCUAUCCACGUUGUUUCCCAGGUGCAUGUCCUCAUUAUCGUCCCAAUGGCGUUAUGGUGCAUCUGGCAUGAAGGCCCUGAGACCGAACAGAACCGCGCCUUUGGUUGGGACGACAGAAUAGGGUACCCUUAUGCUGUCGCCUGCGGUUACUUCGUCUGGGAUACCUUCGAUGCUAUCUAUAACUUCGUGGACACGGGCUUCGUUAUCCACGGUGUGGCAUGCACCCUCAUUUACAGCAUGUCGUUCCGACCCUUUGUUGCUUAUUACGGAACGCGCUGUCUACUCUGGGAAAUCAGCACCUUCUUCCUCAACAUCCAUUGGUUCCUUGACAAAACCAACCGAACUGGAAGCACCUUCCAGCUCGUGAACGGUAUCUUGCUCCUGUUCACCUUCUUCAGCGUUCGGAUGGUCUAUGGAGGAAGCAUCUCAUAUCAAUUCUUCAUCACCCUUUUGGGGAUCUGGAGACAAAUUCCCUGGCCAUAUACCCUCAUCUUCGGCGGAGGUAACUUUGCCCUUCAAGGUCUGAACUGGCUGUGGUUCUCCAAGAUGAUUGCCGCCAUCCGAAAGCGCUUCUCGGAAGAUGAAGAGCGUAAACAACUUAUUCCGCAAGAGAACGCUGAGAAUGGCGUCGGGAAUGGCAGUGGCAACGGAGCUGGAGCUGUUGCCUUGCAAUAG